AUGGCGUACAGGAAGGUGCGUCCGGGUCACGGAGACCCCCUCCACCCCCAGGACCCAGAGAGUGAAGAGUUACAGGCCCCCUCUUUGGAGCUGGAAUGGGAUAUGGAGAAAGAGCUGGAAGAGCCAGGUCUGGACCGCUUCCAGCUGGAGUGUGUGGAUCGCCGACCUGUGGGCAACUCCACCGUAGGACGUACCGACCCAGAUCUGGAACCUAUCCAACCCUCCGUUUCCCCGCACGGCCGCUUCGAGCGGCUUCAGGAGGAUCCCAACUACGUGUCCCGCUUCACCAGGUCCACGCCCAAAAGCCAGAGACGCAACUACAGCUGCCUGGCUAAGUGCCUCCUGGCAGGGGCUGGCAUCUUUAUCCUGGGACUGCUGAUUGGUCGUUAUACCCACAGUGUAAAUGACCAAUCAGAAAGACAGCCUGUAGACUCUGACCUGUUGCAGAAAGUGCUGCAAGGUAUCACUGCUGAGGAGAUCCAGGCUCUACAAAGAGAAUUUAGAGCCAUAACCGAUAAAAGUGAAGAGACCAAGGCAAGGAGUGUGGCUCAGCAUUGGAUGAAGCUGGGCCUGAAAGACGUGAACUUGUACAACUACACAGUUCUCCUCAGCCAGCCCGGAUCCUACCCUAACACCAUCGUAGACAAAACGACCAACCAAUGUUAUCUGCCCAGUGGGGAGAGAUGUGAAUCCAAGGAUUUUACUUCCAAUACCGAGGAGCAGCAUUUGGCUUUUGCAGCCUAUUCUGCUGUUGGCAGCAUAGAGGCAGAGGUGGUGGACGUACAAUAUGGAAGUACUGAGGACUUCAAACAAAUCCGAGCCACGAUGAAUGUCACCAGCAAAAUAGCGUUACUGAAAAUUGGACAGGCACCUUUACUCUACAAGCUCUCCCUCCUGGCUGAGAUGGGUUUUGGGGGUGUGUUACUUUAUGUGGAUCCAUGCGAGGCUCUGGGUGACCAGACAGUCCUGCAGAAGGCUUUUGGAGUGACACUUAACCCAGGGGGUGACCCCUCCACCCCAGGCUACCCCAGUGUUGCUGGAAAUUACAGGGAACAUCGCCCUAAUCUUACAUCUUUGUUGGUGCAGCCAAUUUCAUCAUCCUUAGCCCGAGAGCUGCUGUCUGCCCCUGCCGCAGGGCAAGGGAGACCCUGCAUCCCUUUUGUCAUGUCUUUGGCUUCAGGUAAAAAGAUUGUGAGGCUUACUGUUGGGAAUCAAGCGUCAUAUAAGACAGUGUUUAAUGUCAUCGGGUAUCUAAAAGGAAAAACAAAUCCAGAUCGAUACGUGCUGAUGGGCAGUCGCCAUGGCAGCUGGUAUGACGGCUCUCUGGCAGACUGGCAGGGCGGCGCUGCCAUUCUGACUCAUAUCAUCUCCACCCUAAUGAUGCAGACUCGCUCCGGAUGGCACCCCGACCGAACCAUCCUCUUCUGCUCCUGGGGAGGUUCUGAUCCGGGCAGCAUCGGCUCUUUCGAAUGGGGAGAGGAGAAUGGUGUAGCUCUCCAGAGCAGAGCAGUGGCCUAUGUCGGUCUCCACAGCCCCAUCCGUACCGGCAACUCCCUGCAGGCCACAGCUUCCCCCUCGGUCCGACAACUGGCCAUCGAUAUCCUCAAGAGGCAGCAGCUGAAAUGUGGUGGAGCAGGAGGUUGCCCUGGUCCAAAUGUCAGCUCCCUGCAGACCCCUGGGGACACAAACUUCUUCGCAAAUGUUCUUGCUGUCCCCACCGUGGAGUUCACAUCUGCUACAGCCCGCACAGCAAAGGCUGCAGGUUUUCUCCCUGAGGUCUUCUAUCCCUCUGAACCAGGGGCAGGAGAGAUGUUGGAUCCGUCUUUCAGACUUCAUCAGACUGUUGCCAAGAUGACAGCUGAAGCCCUUUUGCGACUCAGUACUGAUCCUGUUCUUCCAUUUUACCCACUGGACAUUGCCUUGGACAUUCAGAACAAACUCAAAGAUGACCCUUUGGCCAACAGUGAGCUGCUGGCGUUGGCGGCUUCUUUGAGGGACAGCUCAGAAUUCUUCCAGUCAGAGGUCAUGCGGCCUGCCAACGAUCCCAAAGAGCGGGAUCCUGCCCAUGUGCGCAUGCUGAACGACGCUCUGAGGGAUCUGGAGAAAAGCUUCCUCGUUCCAAAUCCACCACCUGGCUUUUACCGGAACAUUCUUUAUGGCUUGACCGCACAGUCUUCUCAGUUUUCCAUACUGAAGGAUGCCUGGGAGAUCCAGAAACACAGCGCUGUGAACCAGUCUUUGACUCUAGUCUCCAACGCCAUCAACUCUGCCAAGAUCACAGUUCAGUGCGGCCUUGAUCUCUUCCAGAACAACCCAGACAACAGCCAUUGA